AUACGGUAGAAGAAAUCGAAAGUAAAAGUGUACAGGGUGCAUUCUGUUUAUCUUCGUGACUCGUUUUGCAUGGGGCCUAAAAAGAAAAAAAUAUGUAAUUUGUUGGUGUAGUGUUUCCCGAUAUAUAAAUUCAUUUUUUAACGUCUUGAUAUUUCAGUCGAAAUGACAAUUAUUAUUGUCCACUCUCUUCUAAUGCUGCAGGCACUUUCGGUUACACAAGGUUUCUCUGUGUUUGGAUCUGAUGAACCUUUAGUGGCUGCUUUGGGUGAGGAUAUUAUUUUGCCUUGCAAUGUGGAUACCCCAGUUCCUUUAGAAGAACUGGAGUUGGAGUGGAUUAAGAAAGACACAUCUUCUCUGGUGCAUUUGUCUAUUGCUGGAGAAGACCAACCUGAAUCUCAGCACAAGAGUUACAGGAACCGAACUCAGAUUUUUCAUGAGAACCUUUUAAUUGGGGAUUACUCACUGAAGCUAAAGAAGACAGAAGUGCAGGAUGAAGGCAAAUAUAGAUGUGUGGUUCAUUCCAGAACUCAGUCUGAAGAAGUUGUAGUGGAGCUGAAGUCAGUAGAGCGACUUUUUGUAACAGGUACAAAUGGCCCUCUUUUUGUUUAUGCUGGUGGUGAGAUAGUUUUGAACUGUUUUGUGGAUACACACAUCCCUAUUGAGAAGCUUGAAGUUCAGUGGGUAAAGACUGAAGAUGGUUCUGAAACACUGGUGCAUCUCUUUGUCGAAGGGGAGGAUCAACCGGAAUCUCAAAAUCAGCUCUAUAAGGGCCGAACUGAGCUGUCCAAUGAAUCACUUGCAGAUGGAAAUUUCUCUUUAAAAUUGAAGAGUGUGGGCAUAAAAGACAAAGGAAUUUAUAAAUGUAAAGUGCACACUAAUACAGAAUCAGCAGAGACAACUAUUGAGCUUGAUGUCGGGCCUUCUGUGCUGCAUAUCUUCUUAUAUGUUUUCUCUAUUGGCUCUCUUCUGAUUGGACUGGGAACUGUGAUCCAAGCAGGUUGUUAUUUAUUUAGUAAAACACAAAGUAAGAUGGGCUACUACUGUUUCUAUGUAAACAUUUCCAUUCCCAAUGUACUCUUGGCUUUUGCCUUUGUCCUAUGGGGCAUUCUAGAAGCAGGUAAUUGGACUGAGACCGUGACAUGUAUAGCUACAAAUCUGCUGAGAGUUCUGGUCCUUUUCUUAAUUGUAUCAGAUAAACUGAGAGUACUGGAACUGUGUCAAGGAAUUUGUUUCCAAAGACUUAUCAGUGCUGUAUUUGGCAUUAAUAUAAUCAUUAUUGAAACAGUAAUGACGGCAAGAGUCGACUGCCUUAGUGGCUGUGAGACGGCAUGCCAGCUCUUGCGCCUGUCUCCUGAUCUCCUCUCUUAUGUUCACUUCCAGGUGCUGCAUGCACCGUGCAUAGGACUGUUCAAGAUGCUUCACCAUCACAGCCGCCUCACCAGAUACUCUGGCAGCUGUGGCAUUGAUGAGGUCAUGGACAGUCUCAUCUUAAUUGAUGAAGGUGCAGGCAAUGUCAUCAACCUGUACUUCUAA